GUUUCAACUAUGAAAAUAAAUGAUGUGAAAGGAUUACCCCAUUUGUGAUAAAAUAUAAGCAAAAUUCAUUUUUUAGUUUCAUUACAAAUUAAUGUAUAGAUAAGUUAAUUAUGCAAUGAAACCUAAAAAGAGAUUUUUGCUUGUAUUUUGUCAUGAAGGGGGCAAUAAUUUAGUGUCCACACCAAUUCUUGACCAUUGGGUUUCUCUAAACCAAAUGUAUUGAGACCAAUAAUUGAAGGUUUAAAUCAAUGACUUGACUAGCUAGCUGUAAAGUUUCUGAAUAAUUGAACUUUUAGUUUGUACUACACAAAUAAUGUCCCUUCUUUUUCUUUUGGACCACAAAUUUGUGGAUAUACCAUACUAGAACAAGACAAUUGACUGAAAUGAGUACUAAGAAACCAAAAAAGAAUUUCCUUGCUUCAGAAUUUGAAUUGCAAUAAGCACUUCCUCAUUCUUUUGAUGCUAGCUACUGCAGAUUGGAGAAAGAUCAAGAAAGUUUUUCAUACUACCUACUUCAGCAUGUGCUGAAAUAAGAAUAUGAGUAGAUGCUAGCUGCUGCUGAGAAAGGAACAGACUGGUCAAAAGGCUUGAGUAUGUGUUGAUAACAGCCAAAUAUUGAUUAAGAUGGCGAGCUUUGUGACUGAUUUGGCGAAGCCAUAUGUAGAGAAAUUGAUAAAUGGGGCGAUUGCAGAAUCAAGUUAUAUAUGUUGCUUCACGUGCAUUGCUAAGGAUUUCGAAGAAGAAAAAAUUAGGUUGGAAGUAGAAAGGAAAACUGUCAAGCAACGUGUUGACGUGGCAACCAGAAGAGGAGAAGAUGUUCAAGGUAAUGCUCUUUUUUGGGAAGAAGAAGCUGAAAAGCUCAUUCAAGAAGACACCAGAACAACAAAAAAAUGUUUUUUUGGAUUUUGUUCCGAUUGCAUAUGGCGAUAUAGAAGGGGAAAGGAACUUGCAAAUAAGCAGAAGCAAAUUAAGAUAUUGAUGGAAACUGGAAAGGAACUUGCAAUUGGGCUCCCAGCUCGUCUUCCAGAUGUUGAGCGUUAUUCAUCCCAACACUAUAUUCCUUUCAAAAGCAGGGAAUCCAAAUACAAAGAGCUUUUGGAUGCACUGACAGAUGAGAACAAUUAUAUAAUCGGGUUGAAAGGGAUGGGGGGGACGGGAAAAACUACAUUGGCCAAAGCAAUAGGUAAAGAACUCAAGCAGUCUGAACAAUUUACGCAUGUUAUUGAUACGACAGUGUCAUGUUCUCCUGAUAUUAAAAAAAUUCAAGAUGAUAUUGCUGGACCCUUGGGAUUGAAAUUGGAUGACUGUAGUGAAUCUGACCGUCCCAAAAAAUUAUGGAGCAGAUUAACCAAAGAUGAGAAGAUUCUUCUUAUAUUGGAUGAUGUGUGGGGAGAUAUUGAUUUUGAUGAAAUAGGGAUUCCAUAUAGUGACAAUCACAAAGGCAGUAGAAUUCUUGUAACCACACGCAAUAUGUUGGUUUGCAACAGAUUAUGCAGUAAGACAAUCCAACUAGAUCUCUUAUCUGAAAAAGACGCAUGGAUCAUGUUCAAAAGCUAUGCUGGUCUAAGCGACAAAUCAACUAAAAACUUGCUCGACAAGGGUCGUAAAAUUGCAAACGAAUGCAAAAGGUUACCAGUUGCAAUUGCUGCUAUCGCCAGUAGUUUGAAGGGCGAACAACGUCUGGAAGAGUGGGAUGCGGCCUUAAACUCCUUGCAGAAACAUAUGCCCAUGCACGGUGUUGAUGCUGAACUGGUUAAAAUUUAUAAAUGCUUGAAGUUUAGCUACGAUAAUUUGAAGAAUGAAAAGGCCAAGAGAAUAUUCCUCAUGUGUUCUGUAUUUCGAGAAGAUGAAGAAAUUCCUACCGAAAGGCUAACUAGACUUGGCAUAGGAGCAGGCCUUUUUGGGGAAGAUUAUGGAAGCUACGAAGAUGCUCGAAGUCAAGUAUUGACAUCCAAAAAUAAACUCAUAGAUUCUUGUUUAUUGUUGGAGGCCGGUCAAAGUGAAGUGAAAAUGCAUGACUUGGUUCGUGAUGCAGCCCAAUGGUUAGCGAACAAAGAGAUUCAAACGAUAAAGCUAUCUGAUAAAAAUCAAAGGGCAAUGGUUGAAAGGGAGAAUAAUAUUAAAUAUUUGUUAUGUGAAGGCAAGCUAAAGGAUGUUUUUUCCUGUAAGAUUGAUGGUUCCAAGCUUGAGAUUCUGACUCUCUUUGUGCAUAAGGAUGAAGACUGCGACGAUGUGAAAAUCGAAGUACCAAAUUCAUUUUUUGAAAAUAAUACUGGCCUUCAAGUUUUUCAUUUAUUCUAUAAUCAUUUUCAUGAGCUAGCUCUAUCAUUACCUCAAUCAAUUCAGUCGUUGAAGAAUAUUCGAUCUCUUCUCUUUAAGCGUGUCAAUUUGGGUGAUAUCUCUAUUUUUGGAAAUUUGCAAAGUCUUGAGACACUUGAUUUGGACGAUUGUAUAAUUGAUGAAUUGCCACAUGGAAUUACAAAACUGGAGAAGUUUAGAUUGUUGAACUUGGAAUGUUGUAAAAUUGUAAGGAAUAAUCCAUUUAAAGUGAUUGAAAGAUGUUCAUCACUUCAAGAGUUAUAUUUCAUGAACAGUUUUAAUGAAUUUUGCCGAGAAAUAACUUUCCCUAAACUGCAAAGGUUUUGUAUCGAUGAAUACUGGGAUUCAGUGAAUGGUUCAUCAUCAAAGUAUGUGUAUUUUGAAGACAACGAUGAAGUUUUCCUAUCUGAAACAACACUCAAGUACUGUAUGCAAACAGCUGAGAUUCUUAGAUUAAGAAGAAUCGAGAAGGGAUGGAGAAAUCUCAUACCCGAGAUUGUUCCUGUAGAUCAAGGUAUGAAUGAUCUAGUUGAGCUUAAUUUGAGUUUCAUUUCACAACUACGGUGCCUCAUUGACUCUAGUAGGCAUACUGAUUCUCAAGUACCAAAUGUCUUCUCCAAGUUGGUUGUACUAAAGCUCAAUAAAAUGGAAAAUUUGGAAGAAUUGUGCAACGGUCCACUUUCAUUUGAGUUUCUAAAGAGUUUAGAGAAGCUAUCAAUCAAAGGUUGUGAACGUUUCCAUAGCUUGUGCAACCUAAACCUCUGCAAUCUAAAUAAGGUGUCAUUGAAGGAAUGCCCGAUGUUGAUCUCCCUAUUUCAAGUGUCAACUGUUCGUUGCCUAGUGUUGUUGGAGAUAUUGGAAAUAAUUGACUGUAGGUGUCUCGAAUACAUAGUAAUAGAUGAAAGGAAAAGGGAGGAAUAUUCAAGAGGUGAAAUAGUUGUUGAUGAUGAUGAUAUUGAUAGCAAGAGUCGCGACUCAAUGUUUCCAAAACUGAAAGUUCUUAAAAUUGAGAAGUGUCCAGAACUUGAAUUAAUUCUAUCUACCCAUGAUCUUCCGGCACUAGAAUCCAUUACAUUGAAAAGAUGUGAUAAGCUGAAAUACAAAUUUGACCAAUAUGUCAAACUUGGUUCCCUAAAAAAGAUGGAGCUUGAUGGUUUAUCAAAUUUGAUCGACAUUUCCCCAGAAUGUUAUGGUACCAUGACUUCAUCGAUUAAGGGGCCUUCUUCCGUCUCUAGAGAUGCUUCCAAGCCACAAAAACAAUCUGACCCUAUCAAAUGCAAUAUCUUUUCAUGGACAAUGAGUACUGCGUGUACUAAAACCCCAUUGGUUUCUGAGGAUCAACCGCAUGAAAACUUAAUUGCAACAGAAUCAAAUUCAUAUUGCCUUAACACAUGGGAACAAGCUCAAUGUCUUUCAAGACAAUCACAUAACCUGUGCAAUAUUAAAAUGAUUAAAUUGUGCAAUAUUUCAAAGAUAAAAUCGGUGUUUAUCCUGUCUAUUGCUCCAAUAAUGUUGUUGGAAACUUUGACAAUUAAAGGUUGUGAUGAAUUGAAGCACAUAAUAAUAGACACUGGAGAUCAUGACAGUGGUAGCAAAAAGCUAUGCAAUGUCUUUCCAAAAUUGAAAUCGGUCUACAUUGAGGAUUGUGUGCAACUGGAAUACAUAUUUGGAGACUACACUGAUCAUCAUCAAAACCAAUGUGAGAUUCACCUUCAUCUUUCAUCUUUAGAAUGUCUCAGUCUUUGCAAUCUGCCAAAUUUUGUCGCCAUGAGUCCCAAACAAUAUUACACAACAUUUCCACCUUUGAAAGAACUUGUACUCAAAGAAUGCUCCCAGUUUGCUAAUGUCAAAUCUAUUGGUGAUUUCAUAUCUCAUCAUUCGGUAGCAAGAUCUGUGGACAGUACAAUCAUGAAGGAAUUGAGUGGCAACAUGGAGCAUUUUCUCGGUUUAGAAAGUCUCAAGGUAUAUAACUCCAAAGUAGAAAAUAUAUUUUUUCUCAAUGAAGAAAAUGGACAGCAGAUGAACUUGGGGUUGCAAUACAUACAGUUGUGUGAUCUGCUCAUGAUGAAGUUUCUUUUUGUGGGUGCCAACAAUGCUUUUGCCCUCAAAAACCUUAGACGGAUAAACAUUGUGCGAUGUGAAAAAUUGGAAAUUGUAUUCUCCACUUCCAUUUUAAGAUUUCUGCCACAGUUACGUGAUCUAAGAAUAGAAGAAUGCAAAGAGUUGAAGCAUAUUAUUGAAGAUGAUGAUUCGGAGAAUAAAAAAUCAUCAGAUACAAAGACAUGCUUCCUAAAACUAAAUAAACUUGUUGUGAUAAAGUGCAACAAGUUGAAAUAUGUUUUUCCAAUCUCCAUAUGUAAAGAGCUUCCUGAGCUAAAUCUUCUAGUGAUAAGAGAAGCAGAUGAGCUAGAGAAAAUAUUUGCAGGUGAAGGUGAUGAUCAGAAAGUGGAGAUUCCAAAGCUGAGAUAUCUUGCAUUUCUCAACCUACCAAGCCUCUGCCAGACACAAGAAGUUCAAUUUGAGGCUGUAAAAGACCGUUUUGUACAAAACUGUAAAAAACUCUCUAUCACUACAGCGUUAACUCCCAAGGACAUUGACAUUUCUCAUUUUGAUUAUUCAGAGGGGUUUGAGUUUCAUUGGUAUAAUCUAUAUUACCUAUUUCUAAAAGAGUCCAAAUGCCAUGAUACUAGUAAUAAACACCCAAGUAAUUCAAAAACCACCGAAGAUUUUGCCGCUGGGAUUGAAGUUCAAGUAGCAUCAGAACAUGAGUUGACAUCUUCACAGGAGUUGAUGAAUGAAAAAUCACUUGAUCAACAGUGUAUGAUGGACCAACAACAUUCACGUGAAGAAACUGAUUGUAGAACAUCUUCACAGGAAGAUGGCGACGGCCAAAUAGCCACGACUUCUUUUUCCAUUGCUACUACAGAGUCAAAUGAUCAAGUUUCGUUAAAUGAUGAUGUUGCCAUGAAAGUAAGCUCAGUUGUUGAGCAACAGUUUCCUAAGGAGGAUGUAAUUAUAGGUUCAAGACACAAUGUUGCUACUACAGAGUCAAAUGAUCAAGUUUCGUUAAAUGAUGAUGUUGCCAUGAAAGUAAGCUCAGUUGUUGAGCCACAGUUUCCUAAGGAGGAUGCAAUUAUAGGUUCAAGACACAACGUUGCUACUACAGAGUUAAAUGAUCAAGUUUCGCUAAAUGACGAUGUUGCCAUGAAAGUAAGCUUAGUUGUUGAGCAACGGUUUCCUAACAAGGAUGAAAUUAUAGUUUCAAAAUCAUGGCCAUCUUCUAUUGCCUCUCAGUUUCCUUCAAAGCCUUCUGAAGGGGACUCUUCUCAUAUAGUAGAAGAUUCAAGUUCUUCUUUACUUGUCACAAGGGAGCUUGAGCAACUUGUCGUCAAAAAGCAUUUGGAUCAUGAAAACUUAUCUUUGUUGACCGAUUUCUUUAUCAAGCAUCCUUAUGUUGUUUUAAAGGAUACUUCACUUAGUAACAGAUACAAGGGUUAUGCCUACAACUGUCUUUCUGAGCUAUUGAAAUUCCUCCAAACGCAUAGUGUGUUGGAUGUGUCAGGUUCAAGCCACUCUGAAUUUGUUGAGUUAUUACAAGACGUGCGCAAAUUUUCUUUUGAUAAGAAAUGGUUGAAUGGUGUCGAAAACCAUGCUUUGUUUCCUGGUUUACAAGUCUCUGAAGCUGCGUUGCAAAAACUGUUGGACUCAAAACAGAUGUUGACUCAACAUGUGGAGGAUCUUAAGCAUCAAUUGGCUUCCUCUGAAGCUGUUUUGGAGAGUAUCAUUCAACAGGAGGCGCAGAUUUUAGAAACUCGGGCUGCUAUAACCGAUCCUAUCGGCUUUUAGACUAUUUUUCACUCGCAUUCCUUCGCUAUUAAAGUUAUUGUUGGAGCUUUCUUUUCUUGAAUAUCAUUUUUAUUUCUUGGGUACUUUUUCCUUUUCUCAUCUCAAAUGAAUUAAACUAUCUAA